UCAGCCGGCUGAGAGACUGCUGGCUCAUCUAUCGAUAGCUUUUGUUACUGUUUGAUCCGAUUCAUCGAUCAUUUGAACGUUUGAGGAUCGUUUAUAUAUUCUUUCUUGACUUGUUGGUCUCGUCUUUGCUUCUCAACCAACAAUGGCUGAUCCUAAAUACGCAAAUUUGCCAGGAAUUGCUUUUAACGAACCGGAUGUGUACGAAACUGGUGACCUGCCAGAAGAUGACCAGGCUCAGUUUGAGUCAGAGGAGCUCUGCAGUGACAGCGUGGAGAGGAUUGUGGUCAACCCCAACGCAGCCUAUGACAAGUUCAAAGACAAGCACAUCAGCACCAAGGGACUUGAUUUCUCAGACAGAAUCAGUAGAAGCAGAAGAGUGGGCUAUGAGUCAGGAGAAUUUGAAAUUCUGGGAGAGGGCUGUGGAGUGAAGGAGACGCCCCAGCAGAAGUACCAGCGCCUGGUGAACGAGAUCCAGGAACUCAGUCAGGAGGUGGAUGCCAUCCAGACUGCCACAAAAGAAAGCAAUGCAGAGGAGCGCCUGACCCCAGUGGUACUUGCCCAGCAGGCAGCCCAGCUCAAACAGCAGCUGGUUUCUGCCCAUCUUGACUCACUCCUGGGACCACAGGCACACAUCAACUUGGCCGACCCUGAUGGAGCACUGGCCAGGCGUCUGCUCACCCAGCUGGAGGCGGCCAAGGGCAGCCGUGUCAGCGCCACAGGAGACAGCAAACCGACGGCAUCAGCUAAGGGCCCAGAUGGAGUGGUACUCUAUGAGUUACACAGCAGACCCGAGCAGGAAAAAUUCAAUGAGUCGGCUAAGAUGGCGGAAUUGGAGAAGCGUCUAGCUGAGCUGGAGCUAGCUGUUGGCUCAGGAUCAGACAAGCAGGGACCUUUGAGUGCCGGCAUACAAGGAGCCAGUUUGAUGGAUACUUUAGAGCUCCUGCAGGCGAGGGUCAGUGCUCUGGACUCCGCUACUCUGGAUCAAGUGGAGGCCAGACUGCAGAGUGUCUUGGGGAAGAUGAAUGAGAUUGCCAAACACAAAGCAGCCAUUGAGGAUGCUGAUACACAGAACAAGGUGUCGCAGCUUUAUGACGUGGUGCAGAAGUGGGAUGCCAUGUCCACUUCUAUACCUCAGGUGGUGCAGAGGCUCGUAGCUGUCAAGGAGUUGCAUGAGCAAGCCAUGCAGUUUGGCCAGCUGCUGACCCACCUGGACACCACUCAGCAGAUGAUCAACAACUCUCUGAAGGACAAUAACACCCUGCUAACACAGGUCCAGCAGACGAUGAGGGAGAACCUGGGGGCUAUACAGGAGAACUUUGGCGCACUAGAUCAGAGGAUGAAGACGCUGUCCAAAUAAACGGUAGCACAGUUUGGGCCCAAACUAGGAUAGUGUAGAAAAUGGACAAAUAAGAGUUGGCUAGAGAGCACAGAGGGUGGUUGGGGUUUAACUCUGUCCUUUCUGGCCAUCCCUCUCUUGCUCUCUUCCUCCGCCUCUGCCUUUUUUCACAAAGCUGAAUGUUAGAAAGUUGGAAUGAUGGAAAAAUAAAGAAGACCAAAUGUUCUUGUCCCAUCCUCCUUUCCUCUUCCUUUUUCUUGCAUCAAAUUGAUAUCAGCUGAAAACAUAUCUGUCCACUACAAAUGCCACUGAUUGCAGUCCCCUGUUAAGCUUAUUGAGUUUUAGACUGGAUUGGUUUUUAUAAUUAUUAGUAUUGAAUAUGAGAAAUUCUAUUCCUAUUCCUUCUGGAGCCUCACACUAUUACUGGACUUGUACUGUAUACUUUGGUCAAAUUAAAAGGAUCACAGUAAUGUUGGAUUGAUAGAUGACACAUUUGAGAUGUCAGCUGUGUAGGAAAUAAAAAGAUCUACUGUUUUGCAGUGCUGUAGCAGGAGCACGUUGUGCGAAAGUCAGGGCCGAGUCACGGAAGGAAAGCUUGUAAAUAUGCCUGUGUACCUUUAUUGUUUCUUCACACUCAGUCGCUUGUAACUAUAUUAUUAUGACUGAGAUCAGAUGCCACAUGAAAACUUUUAAUCUGCUUUGUCAUUGCCUACAACUGUAUUGUACAUCUGUGGUCAUAAAAAAACUGAUCAAUAAAACAAAG